UUGAAAUUUCCAUGCAGUCGGAUAUAAAACCGUUUACAAAUGUUUAGUUCGGUGUCAGACAAACUUCGGUCAUUUAUUUUUCAACCUACAUGUGAUCAAGAAAUACAUAGGCACACUAAAAAGCGGAAACGUGAAACGGAUGACACGGAUUCUGAUGAUCCAGACAUACAGAUUUUGUCCGUCAAAAGGCCAAAAAGUGACAAAAAUAAGACAUUUUUGAGUUUCCUGACGCUGCCUGUGAGCCGGAUGGCCGAGUGGGUACAGAGGAAGACGACAUCGUUCGCGGACCAGUUCAGCGUACAGAGGAUUCCUGAGGAGAGUCGGUGGCGACACCCGCCCUCUGGUCAGCAGCACCACUCUUCCUCGAGACCAGUCCCUGUCGUCCAGGUGCCCACCUCUAACGGAGGCCUGCUGUCAUCACAGAGACUCCGAAGGCGUGGUUUGCAUUCUAAAGAGGAUUCGGCAUCUACUCCGGCCCCUAAUGUAACGAUCACGCGACAUCCCCCCGUCAGUGAGGUGGCCAGUACAAAUGGCAGGGAAAGCUUCACUUGUCGUGCAGUGCAGACAGACACACUGUCGACUCGCAAACCAUUGUUUAAUUCAUCAUCACCCACAAGAAAGUUCACAGCCUUCCAGUGUGUCCGCCUGGACGAGCGAGAACGAUACCGUCAACUGUUACAACACUACACAUCGGUUCCCCUCACCAAUAACGUUCCGCCGGAUUACAGCUCCAACGAUGGCAGCUUAUCAAACGACAGACAGAAAUUCAGCCUAUCACGGAGCAGAAUCUCUAUUCCUAAUGGUUUCCUUUCUGAGACAAGUGCUGAUGACAGUAUCUUUGCAUCCCAGUUGAAAGCACCACAAAAGCAAGAUGGAUUUCCUGUCACAAACAGUGUUUUGUUCAGAAGAAAGUCGCCCAUGGAAAUCAUGAAAACUGCAGCAUCAUCCAAUCAUUCUAUUUGCAUAAAAUCACCAACAUCAGUUGAAGAAGAUGAUAGAUUACGGAAAGUAGAAGAGCACAUACAUUCAGAACGACGUCCGUCUCUAGAAUUCAAAACAUCUCCUUAUUUGGAAGAUGACUGGAUUAAAAAUCUGAAAGCUCGGUAUUCGUCUGAAGCAAGAGAAAGACAACGAAAGAUCGAGGAGGCAAAAAUAACUGCAGAACUUCUAGAAGAGAAAAGAAAAGCCAAAGAACAUGAUUUGGAAAGACAGAUUCGAGAACGUAUGAAGAUAUUUGAGAAAGAGCCACCUGUUUUACCCGAGCCUGAACCCACUGAAGAAGAAGAACAAUUACCAGAGUUGUCUGCUGCGAUGGAAGAAGAAAUAAACCGCGCACUGCGUCCGCACCCAUCUAAUGAAAUCCUGUCCGAUGGCUUUCGUCUUCAGAUUUCUCGAAAGGAUAUGGUUACAUUAAGUGGCCUCAGCUGGUUAAAUGAUGAGAUAAUAAAUUUUUACAUGAACUUGCUAAUGUCAAGAGCGGAAGAAGAGGGGAAGCCCAAGGUGUAUGCAUUUAACACGUUCUUCUACCCUAAAGUCAUGAAUGGUGGUCAGGCAUCGGUCAAACGGUGGACGCGGAAGGUGGAUAUAUUCAGCUACGACUAUAUCUUAAUUCCGGUGCAUUUAGGAAUGCAUUGGUGCUUAGCGGUUAUUGAUUUCAAAAAGAAAAGUAUAUUCUAUUAUGAUUCGAUGGGAGGAACAAACCCGUCAUGUUUAAAUGCACUCAAAAAAUAUUUAUGUGAUGAAAGCUUGGACAAAAAGAAACAACCAUUUGAUCUGAACGGAUGGAAAAUGGAAGUUGUGAAGGAUAUUCCACAGCAAAUGAAUGGCAGUGAUUGUGGAAUGUUUGCAUGCAAAUUUGCAGACUACAUCACCAGAGAGGCAAAGAUUACAUUUUCACAAGAACACAUGCCGUACUUCAGACGGCGAAUGGUUUACGAGAUCAUCAAGAAGAAAUUGUUACAAUGACGCUAAAAACAAGACGGGUUGCAUAUACACACAUCAGCACAUUCGCUGUGACAACGCACAGAAGACGGCACCAAGACUUGAACUAGUCUUCUCUGUGAGGAUAAAAACCGACUUAAGUUGGCCAUAAAUUGUCCUCUGGAGUCGACAGCAACAAAUGUUGGUACAUGUUAAAGGGAUGAAGCAGGGCAAGGAAAAGACAUCCUUCGUGGAUACAAAUUUUUGUUUUCAGAGGCUCUUUAAUGUUAAUUCAAAGAAUUGAACAGUUAUCAGUGUGCGGUGUGCUGCUAGAUCUUGUUAAUUCAAAGAACUGAACAGUUUAAAUGUACAGUGUACUAGAUCUUGUUAUGAAGAAGAUGUGGGCUGGUUGGGAUUUUUUAAGGGAGGGAAGUUUCUAUGGGAGUCCAUCAUGGCAUAAAGCAUGACAAUGCUGUGAUCUGUCGUUUCAUACGAGAUUGAAAUAUUUUUAAAUCAGUGUUGUGAAGUAUCAAGACACUACCGAAGGUGAAUUUGUGAUGUGUUGUUCAAGUUUAAUUGAAAAAAAGAAAAGAAAAAAGAUUUUUAGUUAUGUUUACACACUUGGCAGUGCUAAAAGUAAUAUUUGUUUUGUUAUUUCCUCUUUUUUUUUGUCUCUGUAAAAGUUGAGUUUCAGAAAGAUUAGGCAAAAACUGUCCUUGUGAAAUGCUAUAUGACAUAUAACUGAAAGUGUAGAAACUCUGUGAGAGGCAGAUUGUAUAUGUUACAGACUCUGUUGUAAAGUCAGUCUAUAGGACAGUGUUUUUAACCACAGGACACUAGGAAUAUGUCUGCUGUGGGAAACGACAUGUGAUAUUAGCAGGACAUAUCUUUUAUAAUAUGUCAUUAGUGCCACUGCCUCAAAAUAUAUGCAAAUAACAUCAUUCAGUGUCCUCUCCGUCAUCUUCUGCUGAUAGACCUCAGAUCAUCAUAUUAGAUGAACUCUCAAAAUAGUGUUUCUAGUCAGUAGUGAAAAAAACCUGUUUUAAUGUAUUUACGGUACAUAAACAUACUCCGUGUUUAAACUGAUCUGAAAAUAUUGUAAGGAAUUUGGUAAAUUAUGUGUUUAAAAAAUGCGAUCAAAUAUGAUUUUUUUUUUCUUCUAAAUUUGUACAAAUUUUUUUACAGGCCCGUAGGAAUGAUAUCUGGAGUGGGAGGGGCACAAUCUCUAGUGCUGGGAGGGCACAGUGUAGUAGUUGGGGAGGCACAAGCCAAAAAACAAAAGGAGUACAUUUUCAUUCCUAUAUAAAAUAUUAACUAUGUUUAUAAAAUUAACUUCAGUUUGAAUUUGAGGAACAGAAAAUAAUACUUUAUGGAGACUUUCUAUCAGUAAGAUAAGUAAGUGUUUGUAGACACUGCAAGAUUUUCAUCUACGAACAUUGACAGAAACAGCUUUUUGGUAGGACAAAAAUAUGGAAGAUCUGAAUGACCUUCAUCUUUUGUCAUUAAGUGGGGGAAACUGCAUUCCACCCCAAUCCCCGACAGGAUAGCACAUACCAUGUUUUUUCAUGAACUAGUCACGGGAUGAAUGAGAUUACUGCAGCUGAGAAUUAACUUGCACAUACACAACUUUUACGUAGUUGAAAAUGUACUCCAGCACACUAAUAUUAUGGAAUAGUCUCCAUAUGUAUUGUAAAUCGGAUAAUAAAAGUAUUUUAAGGUACCAUUGUACUUUGUCAACAACAACCACAAAAAGGUUCAGGGAGAGCCUAAAGACCCUCUUCCUAUUACUUUGGUUAUCUGUUGCAGUGAAUAUUGAAGGGCUUGUACGACAAGUAUAAUCAAUUCUGUUUCACUGAAUGUACAGAACUAUAUAAAUUAAUUACAUUAAAUGUACAUAAUCAUUGUCAUCAAAGUCAGUAAUAUGUUAUCAGGGCCGUAGCUAGGAGUUUUUGUUUGGAGGGGCAACUAAGUAAAACUCCUUAAAUGGUUGAGAAGAGAAUUUUCUUUAAGUUUCUAUAAUGCUUUCCAGAUUUUUUUUUGUGGGAGGGGGGCAACUACCGCUCUCCCCCCCCCCCCCCC